GCACAAGCAUACUGCCACUAGCGCUUAGCUAGCUACGUGAGCAGGAUAGCAUAGGCAUAGGCCAUAGCCACGGCAUAGCGGAACAGAAAGCCAAAAAUCAUUUUAUAUUUUCAUUGCUAACUGUUGGAAGUGUGUGAAUGUAUCAUGGCUUUUCCAUGUUCACUCGAGAAUUUAGAACUUCAGCUAUCAGAAAUUGAACUUCUUGAUAGCAUGUUUCCUGGAGAUGGAGAGUUUUGUCUCGAUGACCCGAGCGUUCUUUCGGACUUGCGGACAAUCGUCGAUGAAGCCGCCAAGUGUAGCGGCGUAGCUGAUCAAAGAAUUUCUGGAACUUGCUCAGAGAAAGGGAGCGGCAGCACAGCCCCGAGUUCAACAAGCCAAUUGAAGGGAAUUAAGCAGUUGUCAUUUUCUAUAAAGAUAUGUAUCAGUGACCAUCAAAACGUUAUUCCAAAUGUUGAUCUGGAUCUUCAGUGCUCUCUUCCAUUAGACUAUCCUAAUGCUCUACCAGAACUCAACGUCCAAUCAAAUAUCCUGUCAAGACAACAAUACAGGAUGCUCAAUGAUGAUCUAUUGGAGCAGAUAGAGAGUUUAGAUAGAGGAGAGCUGUGCAUUACAGAAGCUGUUCAGUGGCUCCAGGAGAAUGCUUCUAGUUUCCUGGAUACUUCAGAGGUUUCUAGCCAAGGGAAUCCAAAAGAACAAAGCAAGAAAAAACAGCAGCCUCAGUCCUUUACUCGUCUUUGGAUACAUAGCCAUCAUAUAUACAGUCGAUCAAAACGGGAGGAUAUCUUUGCUUGGUCCAAAGAGAGAGGUCUCACAGGGUUUAGUCUUCCAGGAAAACCAGGCAUCAUUUGUGUCGAAGGACCACAGGGGGAAGUGGAUGAACUCUGGCACAAGCUCAGGAGAUUAAACUGGAAAAAGCUGACCAGCAAGCAUAGAGAAGAUUUUGCCCUCGAUGCCAAUGACAAAGAACUCUUCAGCACAAAUUUCAAUUGUCUGAGACAUUUUUCAGAUUUUCAGGAGAUUAAUUUUGAUGUUAGGGGCUCACGAGAUUACCAUAUGGACUUAGGACAGUUUUACCAAUAUCUCGAAAAACAUGACUGUGCUAGUGUAUUCAAGAUUUUAUUAGGAGUGGAUGGAAGAGUUUCUCAAAAGGAUACAAGUUGAAACAUUUCUGGACUUUAGUUUUUAUCUACUCUUAAAGGGGAAUCCAGCCUUGGCCAUAAAAUGUUGUGUUGGGAAGGAGAAAAAUAAAUUAAACAGAAUGGUGAAAGUUUGAAAGAAAUCGGACAAGCAAUAAGAAAGUAAUAGCUGUUAUAAAAUUGAGAUCACUAAUACUAUGUAGAUUUCAAAUUGGCAACUGGGGAAGUAAAUUAUGACAAGGGGCAAGGACAACUUUCCCAUAGGCCAUGUACUUUAUUAUCAGGGAUUUGUGGUUUUCUCCUAAGUACCCAUUCCCCUGGGGCAGUAAUCUAAAUAUAACCCAGGUAGUAUAUUGUUUUAUGUCCUCAUGAAAGAAAAAUAUAAUUUGAAAUAAAACUUUUAGGAAAAAUGACAUUUUAGCCAUAAUAUGUAUUGGAGUACAUGAAAGAGUAGUCCUUACCUUACAUCACUAUGACAUCCCAUAUGCGGCCAAUUUGAAGUCUCCAUGGGUAUAGUGAUUACCAAGAUUUACAACUUUUAAAAAUUCAUAACUUUCUUGUUGUUUGUCCAAUAUUGUUCAAACUUUCACAUAUCAACUUGUCAGAUUUGUCUUUUCCUUAUAAAAACAAGUUUUCAUUUGGGUUGGAUUUCCCUUUAAUGAUGCAAUAUAAUGAUUGGUAAGUUUCUAUACAAUAGUUGGAACUUUUGAAUUUUGGAAAUUGUCCAUAUACUCAUUCUGAAUACAUGUCUAACAUCAUUAUUGCAUUACUUGUAAUGUUAUUCCUGAAACACAGGAGUAUAUUUCCUAUUUGCCCGAAUGAGUCACUUUUACUCCAGAGUCUUUGCUUUGAAAUUGCAAAUUGAAAUUUGCAAGAAUUAAUUUGUGUAAUUAUCAAGUUUAAAGGAUCUAAAACAUUACAAUUCUACCUUCAAUAACUUUUGCUUUUCGAUAUCCAUCUCCAACUCAAAAGGGUUGUAUAAAUAGAUUGACACUGAAGAAAUAUCUAUUUCUACUAUAUAUUGCUGAAAGGAUAUACUGAAAAGAAUCUUAAAACUUACCUCAAACUCAGUGACAAAAUUAGAGUGACGUUAUGAAAUUUCGAGGUCUCAAUUUACAUUCUAAUUUCUAUUUCUUUCCUCAAAUUGGCAAUGUUGCUGCGAAGUGACAGAUUUAGUAGUAAAACUCCCCAAUAUGUACACAAUAUUUCAUGCACUGUUUUAUUUAUUUAUUCAUUUCAUGCAAUGUACUUUCUUUGUAAUGUCCAAAUAUGCUGCAUGUAAUUUUGUGAACUCAAUAGAUGUUGUAUCAAAUACAUACAUCUUUCCAUGACAUACAUCAAGCUAAAAAGAGGACAAGCUACACCUCAAGACAAACUAGAGAAAAUAUGAAUUUUGUGUCACAAAAAUGCCACUUUGAAGCAACAUUGCAACUUUGAGGAUUGCCAUAGAAACUAAACCUAAACUUUCUGUACUUUUAUAACUUCCUAAUUUUGUCAGAUGAUUCCUCACUAUCCUCACUUUUCAUUACAAUUUUCCAUUAGGUUUCAUUCUCAUAUGAGUUAGAAAAUGCCAAUGUAUCCAUUAUCCUUCAACAACUUUAAUUGGAAAAUCAUGAAAUAAGUUACAUGAAUUUGUUUUCAAAUCUAUUUCCAUUUUCAACUGAUGUACAAACAAUUGUAGAUCAUUAAAAAAAAAGAAACGGAAAUUAUUGUGAACAAUAAAUUUGGAUCCAAGUUGUGUUGUCACUUCAUCUCAAACUUCUUUCGAAACAUAUGGUAGGGAUUGUCAGAAAGCCUUGAUACAUACUGGACAAUGUGGACGUACAUUGUAAGUGUGUUAACAGUAAUGAAAAAACUAGAAAUAUUACAUUCUCUUAAUGAAAUAUAACUUUCCAAUGAACACUAUAUCCAUAAUCCAUAUAUUUUUUUUUAGAAAUCCACCCGACUACCCGAGAUACAUGCACAUGUAUGGUUUCCUUUACAGUGAAGAGAAUAUUUUUAUGAAACAUUGCUUCUCCACACAUGGACCUGUAUUUCUCGUAUUAUUAAAAACAAUCACAUGCAAAGUUGAAUAACGAAUUUUAAUGACUAUACCUCUAGAUGCAUCAUCUAUUGUGUUCUCUGUUUCCUCUGCACUUCUUUUUCUUCUCGACAAUCUGUUCACACUGUCAGGUUGCAACUUUAUCUGCUCUAUUUUGUUUCUGCUUGCUUUAUCUGCAUACUGAAGCAAGCUUUGUAGCAUAUUCUCCCUUUGAGUAGAAUCUGCAUGGUAUAAAUGAUUUUCAAAGAUUUAUUAUGACAC